AUGCUGCCUGGAGAGGAAUGUCAGGUCCUCAUUGUCCUCACGGCUUCAGCGACAACGGCCUGCUCUUCCUCCGCACGUGAGCAGAACACCGCCUCAUCCAGACGAACACCCUUUUCUGUCUGCCGGAGGCAUGCUCGGUCGCGUCGGUGGCAUCUGCUGGACUAUGUCCUGGACCGGAUGCGAGAUCACAGGGACGUGCUGGUAGCAAAGGCGAUCGCAGGCCAGACGGGUGGGCCGACCAUCGCCUCAUCAUCUCGAAGAUGCGUAUUCACCUACAGCCUCGCAGGAGACCACCAGGUAAGUGGCCAAGGAAAGUUGCCAACCCUUACUUCUCAGCAGUGUGAGAACCUCAUGCCUCUCAUUGGCCUGGUUGCUAGAGAGACAGAAGACAGGCACAAACGAAGUUCUAACUUUAUUUUAAAAAACGUUCUUUAGAGUAGACAGCCAAUUGAGUCCGCUUUCCACCUUCUUUACUCAUGCGGCCUUAACUUUAGAGUCGCUGAUGUUAAAAGACUUUCAUGUAGGAGCAAUUUUCCGCCAAUUCUCGUCAAACUAUUUUCGAUGAUAGAUGUGGACUUUAUUUUCUCCCAUUUGGACCGCUCAGCUCAAUAUCUCAGGGUAAAUAAACUUAUUAUUAGUCAAGAUCAAACUCCACUGCAGCGAAGAGUUUCUCUCACAUUAACAUACGCAAAGCCAUUCCAGAAUUCCACUCAUCUGCCGUUUGCCCACAAGCAGGUUCUUCAUCGGGCGUCAACCAAACCUCCCUCUUAUCUGAGGCGGCCCCAGUCCCACCUAGCUCCUUAACUGAGCACAUUAUUACUGAGUCAGGUGAAACCAGACUCGUUAAAACGCCCCAAAGAACGAAUGAUUGCUCAAAUAUGGCUCCCAAAUUUACAAGAGAGAUUGAUCAUAACAGAAAAGAUGAGCCAAUCCUAGAAUCACAACCGACCCCUAGCACUCAGAAUAAUAAACAAGUUACUCAACCUAGAUCGAAUCCCUCGCGUUCCCGCGCCUGGUCACUCAGUUCUGACCUUGCGCUUACGUCAAGUAAGCCAGAUGAUAGUUCAGGGAGAUCUUUACUUGAUCCUAUCUCGAAGUCUCAACUUAAUGUAAACGCGUCUGUUGUGAAGCCCAAUUGCACACCUGCCUGCAAAAUGCAAGUAAACUGUUUCUCAAAACCCUUACUUCCUCCACCUAACAUAAACUGCCACUCAUAUUAUGUUAAAAAUUCACAAACUCCUAUUUUCAUACCUCCUACUUUUCCAACUAAAUUGGCCAGAACUUUUCUUCAACUGGUUUCAAUUGAAGACUAUUUCGGUAAUAAUGUUUCCAAUUUAUUUUUACACAAUGAAUUUAGUUUCAGAAAAGUGUGCGUAGACCAAUAAAAUUGGUCGUCCUUGAUCAGCGUAUUAAAACCGUUUAGAGUCGCUUUCAAAAAGCAUACAGCAACAGAAGUUCACAACACGAAGGCUGUUUGCUGAUUUAUGAAAAUGUCAAGUUCGAUGUGCACUGGCACUAACAUAGUGCUACUGUUGAUUUUACUCGUACCAUCUUGUGCGGCAGAAACAUGUAUGUAAUAGAAAAUUACGUCUGCAGAUAUACGUGCAAAAUGAUUUAAAACACUUUUGGCAUUUUUCAACAAGUUUUCGAAAUAAUUAAGGCAUGUUCAGAGAUCAUGUACGAUAGUAAAAUGAAGCUAUAAUUGUGUCGAGCCUCAUUUGUAAUAUCAGGUGUACUUUUAUAAUCCUGGCCCUUCAGAAGUAAUACAUCAUCACUGAAGUAAUCAUUCACCUCAAUGAAUUUCAACGUCUAGCGGAGAUUGCAGAUCCGUGUUCACUUUAUCCAUUUUAGCGGGUUUCCAGGUUCAGUCUACAUCGCCAAGAGUGAUCGAAGUACGAUGGAAUUCAUCAUAUGAAUAUAAUUCAACCUGGGAAUUUCGCAUUAUUUUGAAUGAUAGGCUAGUGUCGACAUGUAGAGCCCCUUCGAAUAAAACGAAAUGCUAUUGUUCUAUAAACGACAACAUACCAAACUCGAAAUAUCUCGUUCAACUGGCCGCUUGCAGUUUGAAUGCAACGAGUUCCAAAAGCUGUACACAGUUGCUGAAACCCAAAUUCGUCUUCCUUUCACCUGAAGGUAAGUAUACAUAACCACUUACAUAACUGUCGUGGGCACUCCUCACAUUUGCUGGCGAUAAGCAGCAGAAGAUACUGCUGAAUAUUAUAAUUAUUGAACAAGUAAUCUCUUUCUUCUGAGAAUUAAAAAAACCUACCAAAUAUAUGGGUUCCUUAAUAUAUAUAGUUUCUUCCUACUAAUGAUUUAUGUCCGACGUUUUCUAAAAAUAUCAAAUAAUUUUUUAUACUGUUGUAAAUCAUAAAGUAGUUUUUUGGACUAUUUAAAUGUGGUUUAUUCUAAGUUCUAGAAUCAUAUAUUAUUUAUUAUUUCAAAACACAGACUCCGCAUGAUCCAUAAUUACUUUCGCUGUCGUGACGUACUGGCAACGCUGUUAAAUUGUUUACUUUACUUCAUGGGAAGCCCUUUUUAUGUCAUCGUUUGCGACAUAUGGUUAUCAAAGCAAUCUGUAAAUAACCGUUUCUUGAUAAGCGCGACAAACUGACAGAAGGGAUGAGUAAAUAUUUGUCCGGAAGAACUGCCUUUGAUCCAGCGCCUGGUUGACGCUCAUGGACUCCCAUCUGACUAAGGUUACUGGCUUCUCCGGCAUAGUUAACGUUUGUCCACUUUUAUCGUGCGCAGCAGUUAAUGCAAACUUUUGCUAAGCGAUAGUGUGAACUUUUGACAUAUAAUGCGUUCCUUAGUUGCAUCUUUAAGUUUUAAAAAAUAUGAACUACUGUUUAGGUAAGUAAUGUAGUCAAAUGCGCAAGCAAUGUCUUGUAUUGUGCACCAACCGUAUGAUCUGUAAACCGCUCGUAUGUUCUCACCCCCUGCAUCUUAACUAGUAGACUAAAUGUAGUAUUCAAUUUUUAAGGGAUAACUUAUUUGCAUUUUUUUAUUAUCCGUACAGAAGCAAUUAAAUUGUACAUACAUGCCUCCAUUUUAUAAUCCUAGCUGAAAACUCCUAUAACCGAAAACCAGCAGACAGUUAUCCUUCCCCUUUAGCGGACUAUUUCUCGUGUUUAUCUUGUAUACAAUUCUCCAAAUGUCUCCGAACUGUGAUUAGCAGUCAUGUUUGCAAAACUUUGAGCAAACAUUUUGCUAUUAAUGAAUUCAGGCGCCGAUACAAUUAAACAGUCAUCUUUUGCGUAAACUUAUUUUCCGAGAAUGGCCGAAACUCUCUGCCCGUGCUCGUGGUAAUAAUACUAGUUUGCCCACUUAAUCUCCCAUCUAUUUCUUAUCGUUAUUAUUGGCGUGUUUUUUCCUGUUGUUAGCUAUCUUGUGAAAUUUUUGAGGAAUUUUGAAUUGGGAUGGUGAGUUGGAUAAUUGUAGUGUGUGAGUGAAGUGUCAUGACUGCACUAUAAGAUCGCAUUCGUUUAUACUUCCGAGUUGAUUGUUAUGCAGCAUUUGGAAACAAUUUUUUUUGUCGAUGGGCCGAAUGCUUUCAAGGAGUGAGACACAAACAUUAGACUCAGAAAAAUUACUUGACGAGUACUUGUUAGGCAAAGAUACAAAAACAUUCUCUUGUCCACGAGGUAGAAUAGAAGCUUUUCUGUCACGACCGACGGAUUGCUUCGUGGUCAGACAUAUGAUGCUUGCAGUUCGUGCCAACCUCAAGUUCUUCUGUAUCAACAAUUAGCUUUUUCACAUAUCGACUGAUAUUCGUUUCAGCGAUAUUUCGACGGUAGGUUUUCCUUCAACGUAACCACAGGUCAUUCUUUAAAAAAUAUAAUCUGGAGUUGCUGGAAGGAAAACGUAAUGUUUAAUUCGUGAUACAUGCGCCAUGAACUUACAUAAGCCUCCGUGCACGCGUUCUUGAGCACUAAAAAUAUAACAAAAGCAGGUAGGUAUUUUGCGUAUUUGCACGUCCAAAAAAUAAACUUAAAUGCCUAAUGAGCAAUGAUACAAGACUUAGUCCACUUUCCGGCAUCUGGCCGAAAUCCAACAUAUUUAGUUAAGAUUUAAUAGUACAGCCGAAGAAGCAUCAAUUUUAAAUGUUUUACAGACCAUAAUGUUAGCCGCAUACUUGGCGUGUAAGCACUACUAGCGAGUCCUUUUGAUAAAAAAAGGUCGUUUUUAAACGAAUGUUUAGGAUCUGCGACUUAUCAUAUCUUGUUAAAAGAGGGUUCCUACUAUUUUGAACGCGGAGAACUCCUCUGGGUGGGGUAAAGGCAGACCUAUUUGAGUCAAAUGAUCCCCAAAUAAUAAUAUUUUGCCAAAUUCAAACGUUUGAAUGAAAUAUCUUUCAUGCUGUAUGUGGCUCAUUUUGUUGCAUGUAAAAUAUUGAGGAAAACGAUUGUGGUAGCCGUCAAAAUCUGGAUAGGUAAUGAUGCUUUAGCGUAAACACUAAACGGUCGGUAUACAAGCGUUGCGCCAAACAUCAAAGAACACAGUGGACUUUGUAUCUUAUUGCUGACAAAGUUCUUUAAGCAUCAGACCUCGGGUAAAAAAUCCACUUUUCGCUUAGUAAAAUUGAAGGUCUGGCGGUAAAAUGACUGGACCUGUACAUUAUAGCCAAUAUGGUUCAAACUGCUCAGUAAGCAUUGGGAAAAGUCCCAGUAAAACUAUGUGCUGCAGAACGAAAACAAAAGCAGUCUACAAAUGGGGAUAAUUACAAAUGAGUAUUUACGUUUGUGUAAUGCAAUAUAAUUAUUCACUGAAUGCGUUAUACGUUUUAAGUUGAAUGCAGUUUGGCAUUCUUUAGGGACUCUUGAUGUUGUUCGUUAUCCGAUAUUUUAGCACCAAGUUCAUUUAACGCAACGGCAGUUGACAAUCAAAGCAUCGCGUUUGCCUGGGAAACUCCUGUACAAAACAUGAUGGAACUCUCUAUAAGUCUCUGGGUGUGGACAAGUGGGGCCACAAUUCGAUCUCCAGUGGACUCUUCCGCACAGAGGAGUGUUGUGGGCGGUCUAAGUCCUCUGACGGAAUAUUACACCAUUUUAUCCUUUGAAAAUAUGAAUAACAAUUUGAAGGAUAUCUGCAACCAGACAAUAAACGCCAUAACUUUUCCAAACGGUAAGUUAUUGUCUAUUUCAUAGUCAGGGAAGCAAAACUACUUAUCCAUCUAAGGAAGUAAGUUUGUUAACAAGUAGUGUGAAAGGAAGACAUUAAAGUAUACCGGCCAGAUGUUACUGAUUACUGCUCGUCAUCAUUACUAAAUACAGUCUCAAAUAGGACUUCCGUCGGUAAAGAAAUUUAAAUUUGAAGGACAUUUGUUCUUAAAAUUUUUUAUCUAGUGCAUGUUAUGACGUGAACAUUGUUCCAGUACGUCUGGUUAAUAAAAUAGUUGUAGAGGAAUAUCCUUCAUACUAUCGAACUGGUAUGGAAAUACUUCCUCUUAGCAUGCAAGUAUACCUAUUACGCUUACAGAGAAACAACCUUAAUGAAAUCGUUGCCAAACCGAUAUGUAACAUAGGUUAACUACUGUGAUUUAUGGAGGGCCCUCGUACACAAAGCAUGUAACUGUAGACAAUGCAUUGUCCUUAAGGAAGAUGUCAGACUAGGCAUCUACCUUUUUGCUGGAGAACUGCUUUCAACAAGCCAUUGAAGCUGCAGAAGUGGGUGGCGGUCGAAAUUAAUUUAGCCCCCAUAAAGACAAGCAGGAAAUCAUUGAUUACGCGAUUGUUACAGAACACAACCAAAGUAUCCGUUUUGACGGGCAGCAAUAAGCAUUCCAAAAUAAACCCAAUUUAAAAAGGAUAAUGUUAUACAUGUUUCUUUAUUAUAGCCUGCCAAAUACGUACCAAGUGUCUCUAUUUAGGAGGAUUUACUUUUAGCCUGCAUUUGCUGUCCAAACUGAGUUUUUUUUCUGAUUUUUAACAAGCUCCAACAAUAAGUGUCAGCGAUAUUGGUGGCGGCAGGAUCAGGGUUACGUUUGAACACAUGGAAAAUGGAGAAAAAUUUAAUGUUACUUACAUUGCUGUGGCGACAGACUCGGCUGGAUCGGAAAGAAAGUGCUCCGUCAGGGCUACUAGCCAACCCGUUAGCUGCGCCAUUGAGGGGCUCGUGUUUGAAAGAGAAUACAACAUCGUCGCUAGGGCCUGUGUUAAUGCGCAAUGCAGUGUGAACUCGCCAACAGUUAACGUGAGACCGCAGACGGAUGGUGAGUGAAUUAUAAACAAACUCUGCCAGUUAUUGAAUAACACAUUGUGUUCAGUUUCAACUCAACGUAGCGCUUUCAUAUUUCGUAUAACACAUCCCCCUCCAAACACUGAAUGCAAAUAUUAGAGGGCCGUUAGUGCGAGAUACAAGGGAUGAAUGAAAAUGUUUUGGAUUUAUUUCAAAACACGUAACCACUUGUUAUGCUUAAUAAUAAGUUCAUAGCGUCCACGUAGUCCUCAGACUUAAGCUCGUAAACUUGUGUCUAAAAUAAACACUUUUGUUUAUUUGUGAUAAAGACGACUACAGGGAAAUAGUAUAACAGUUUAUAUAUUAAUUAAUUGGGGCUGUAUAUAAUAAUAAAUGGAAACGAUAAGGCGGAUUGAAAUCCAAAAAUACCUCGAUGAAUUUUGAUACAAAUGCUUUGCAAGUUUUCGGCAACUUAGAGGCCUCCUUCCGAAAAAAAUAGAAAAGUGAAAGUUAUCAUUGUGGACUUUUUAAAGACAUAUACAUAUUACCUAUAAGAUAGUAUGGGAGCAGUCAUAGCAUUUCUUUUUUGCACUUAAACCGUUUGAUUUUACGUUCUUACUAAUUAUAGGUUAUAGAAUCGUUAAUUCUUUAAAGCAGUACCUAUUAAGCUUAUGCUAUGAUGUGUUAUAGUGUAGAAAUUCACCUAAAUUAUUUCUUAAGGCACAACCGUGUAUCAUUUAGUAUUAAAUAAUAGGGAGAGAAUACGCACUGGGCAGUAGUGUAGCCUAGUUACAGAAACGGAAGUCGUAAAGUCGUGUAUGACAAUGGCGAGAAAUCUCAUUCUUUAUUUCCCCAAGAAUAAAGAGAGCAGAACUGAAUGCAGAAUAGACUAAAUUACACUGCCAGACGGCACCUAUAAGUCGAAUGGUAAAAUGUAGCGCACUUUUUUAACCUAGGGACCUGGGGUGCAGGGCAUUUGCACUGUGACUAUUUUACUGUACCAAAAAGUAGAAAUACCAGUCUCUGAUCUAGACGCCAGCCAGCGUGGCGCAGUCGACAUGGGUCAAGCUGUAUUAAGAAGCAAAUAUCCUGUGCCGUAUUAUGCUGAUAAUAAAAGAUCAGUUUAAAUUUAGUAAGCUAACUUAUCAUUUGGAAACAAGAAAAAGGAAAACAACGCCACGACAAAUGAAGGGGCAAACACAAAAGGCAAAUCAAGUGGACUGAUAACGUCGCUCUUGAUAAUGCCAUCGAACAUGUAAUUAUUUUGUAAAUUGUAUUGUCCAUAAACAUAUUAUUGAGAUAUUAUGCAAAGAAAUACAAAAUGCAAAACAGCCGCUUUUAGUGGAAUUAACUCAGUUACACAUACAAUGUAUAGUAAACAGCAGUAACGCAUGGUGGACCGGUUGAUUUUGGCCAUUCUAAAUGGUAGACCCAAGGCUGUGGCAUCCCGCCUCCGCCCAUCAGUCCUUGCCUGCCUUGCUCUAUAAAACCAUAGCUGACUAUUUUCAAUGGCGCUCAGUCGGUUAUAUGAGAUAAUCUACUUUCUGUUUCAACGGAGGUCACGAUAAAUAAUUUUUGGGUUCUUCCAUAAUUAUCCGCCUAGUUCACAGCCAUAACAUGCAUGCCUACUCCAACGGCGUCAGACAGCAAAUUUACAUGCGAGUAAGAUGCGAUUGGCGAUGUUAAUUCGUCUGACGUAUGGGAUACUCACGUCAAUAUAUACCACCGCAACUUUUAUGCAUCUGUCGCCCUCCCAUUCACAUGUACAAUAUUCUAGUUAGGUAAAUGACGGACUUUUUGUAAAUGCAUGGGUGCGCUUGGUAUUGUCCAUUAUUUCGCGUUUGUGACAGUUUGGUUAAGGUAUCUAUUGCAUCGCAAUUUUUCGACUGCAAAAGCCUUGUUUUUUGACAACGCGGACCCCGUUUCGGCUGACAUAUGAAAACCUCACUUUGGAGUCACGCAAUGGGGAGCUUGCUUUAACUCAGUCGCGUUUCAGUGAUCUUGAGGUCGCAUUUUGCUCAAUUAACAUGCAACAACGAGAAAAAAUCGCAUGCCUAGGUAAACGAGUUAAUUCAGUUGAUCGAACUUACAGAGUUAAAUGUCAAAGAAAAGUAUCGCCAAGCGUCAGGAUAGCCUCGCAUAUUCAUAAUAUUUUAGUUGGAAACAAGUAGUGCGACAUUUGUAAUGGCCUUCCUCUCUGCCCAGCUGCACUGAAGACGCUUUUAUGAAGCCGUCUACGGCAGGAGUGUCAUCUUUCAACCCUAGACGUCAUGGAUUCAGGACUGCUGUGGACAAAUUAGGGACACGAAAUGAGAAUUUUAGUUCAAUUCGGUAGCUCUAAAAUGUCCUCUAAGGUCGCCCUACUGUCACACAGAACACGUCGCAAGGAAGCACGCUUGUUAAUUGACUUACAAAGGACAUUCGUAUUUUGGCCAAGACCUCAAGAUGGCAAAUCGUUAAAAUGGCCAAUUUAGAUGACACUACGUCUUUGGUGGUCUACGUGGCUCAAGGCAUUAUUAGGAAUUUGCAUUUGCGUCUAUGUCAGCCCAUGGUAGCUUCUUUUCGCUUGAGCUCGGUAAUGUCGUCUGGAUGUCUGAAUAUACAGUGUCUUGCAUUACUAGUAAAAUAUUUGGGCUAUGCGAGAUCUGCAAUGAUAAAAAUUAAUAAUUGUUUGCGUAUGCCGGUACGUCCUACAGGAGAACUCACUGUUUUUUACACUACCGUCCACUGAUUUGUGAAGUUUUAGGAUGUACGUGAGAAUGCAUUUACAUAUAUCGUUUAGGUUCGAACUACCACAAGUUAACUAAAAUUCAUAUAGUGUUUUCGCCCUAAAUAUGCAGAAAUUACGCCUCCAAGUUGUAGAAAGCAACCUGCAUACGAGUGGACAUGUCAUAAUUUAAGCGCUAGUACUGGACUGGAUUUUACUAAACUAAGUGACAUUUUUACGCAUGGCUCGCUUUUGCCUACUUAGAUGCUGAUCUCUCGUGUAUGGUCGUGCUUUCUUCCUCAUGUUUUUAUUCGGAAGUUUACAUUAUCUGAGUGGUAGCAAGUAAGAAAUGCCCGUUUUUAUAUGUUUAACUAGUUAUACUAAUAAAUUGAAACGACAAACCAUUUAUUGUCGCUUUUGACAGUUUUUUUUUCUCUUCGAAAUCAAUUACGUUAUUGCUUAGGGGUCCAAAGAUGAGAGCUCCCGGUCUAGUUUUGCCGAUUCUUAAACAUCCUGUCCGCAGAUAUUUAAGUUAGAUUCAGACUCCGUUGAACAGCCACUUCCUGCACGAUGUGCGUCUAAGAGUGGUCAGAGGUCAGUGUCAAUUAUCGCUGUAAUAAUACUAGUCAGCACACAUCAUUACCCCAGGGUAACCAGUGCUGAGUUUUCGUUGUUUAACAAUACAUCAGGGCAUUUUUUGGCAGUGUUGGAUAGAUUUGGAACUUCAAAAGUCGAAUUUCCAAGUAUAUAUGUCGAUUGCGUUGAAAGAUCUAACUAGUAAGUGAUUUCAGGACAGAUCGCUAUGCUGUUUAUCGGCUGCAUUUACCAAAUGAAUAUGACAACAAUAUUGGACCAACGAAAAAUUACUUGAUCGAAUUUGUUAUACAGCAAUAAACGAACAAAACCUUCCCUGUAGGACAGAAUGAAAAUGUCUUCGGGAUAUUUUACAGUACAAUACCAAAAGUUAACCAGAAUGCAUAUUGUGCUGUGUCCUUAACACUCCAUAGAUAACCCUCAAAAUAACUUGAAAGCAAGAUGGAUAUAAGGGCGAACGUUAUAUUUUGAGAGAGGAUUCGGAAAAAAUGUUUUACACACUAAGUGGCAGUAUAUGUUUGAAUGGUUUUCGACCACUUGAAUACUGGACCGCCGUGUACACACACGUGCUCAAGCCCAAAAAUCCUCCUACGAAUUCUGCUUAAUUUUCUAACUACAAUUAUUUUGAUUCGUGUUAACAAUGACCAGAAAAGCAAAAAACUGUCUAUAACUAUAACAUGCGUUUUGAUAUUUCCUGUUUCCUUUAGAAACAACCACUGUGACGACAAAUGCUACAGCUUCGCCCUCCCCAACGCCGUCAGGCGGUAAGUUGACAUUUUCAGAAAGUCUUCCAAGUAGAUGGACGUUUACCGAUCAGUUGGGGGAACUCUCUCGCCUCGUUGGGUUUUCAGAGCUCGAUAUAAAGACCCGCCGCAGUCGCGCAGGACUAACAUAAUAACCACGAAUAGAUUUCCAGCAUCGACAAGCAAUGGGCGCUUCUGGCUUAUUGGCUGCCAUUAGCCAUCCACACCCAACCCUUAGCUUUGCUACCCUCAUAACUUGAAACGGCGACCUUUUGGUUAGAAUUGCAACGCCCGGACUCGUUUUUUUGCUGUCGUCAAUCAGCAUUAUUAACAUUGGCAGGAUGGAAGGGGGGAGUGGAAAGGCCAUUUCUGGCUUAUUAGCCGUCGUCAGCCAGCCAUAUCCAACCCCAAAGUGUGGAACGCCCGAGGCUCGAUCUCGCGACCUGUUAUUUAGAAGUCAAUGCCUCUAACCAUUGGGCGACGAGCCCGUUGCCUUGUCGGUUUCGAUCGGGAAUAUACAAUUGUAGUGGGCGCUCACCGAUCGUUCAUACGGAACUCACUCGUUCCGUUGUGCCUUAAGGGCUCUCUCUCGAUCCUAACCAGCAGCCGCAGAGCGGCGCAUGAUACAUAGGCAGAAUGGCAUUACCGACAAAGACAAAGAAGACUGGAAUGGCCAUUUCUGGCUUAUUAGCCGUCGUCAGCCAGCCAUUGGGAUGUGGAGGUCCUGCAAUCAGUUACGUGACUCAGUCUUCACGUUGUGCUUUCGAUGCUGUUCAUGAGACGGCCUGCAGGGCUCAAUGUCAGGUCGCGGAAGGACAACGGGACGUUUGAAUUCCCUAAAUCAUCGGUGGACCUCUAUCCGCCAAUGUUCGUAUUCCAGAUUGAGACCGACAACACUGUGGUUUGUGUUAACAUUGACUAGAAAAGGAAAGUACCGUCUAUAACUAUAAAAUUCGCUUAGCUAUUUCCUGCUUCUUGUAGAAACAACCACAGUGACGACAACCGUUACAGCUUCGCCCUCCCCAACGCCGUCAGGCGGUAAGUUCACAUUUUCAGAAAUUUUUCCAAGUAGAUGGACGUUAACCGAUCCGUUGGGGGAACUCUCUCGUCCCGCUGGGCUUUCAGGGCUCGAUAUAGAGACUCGCUGUCGUCGUGAAGGAUUAACAUACAGUGCGUGACCUAACUCAUGAAAUGUGUCGAAAUUUACGAAUGAUUGCCAAUCACUCGCAAACUGACAUCAUUUCAUGAGUCAAAAGUCUAUGUUUAUUAAGUACAAGUUUAAAAGAAUUAAAAACAUUAAAGAAAUAUUUUAGGCAGUGUUCCUUUGUUUAGAAAUGUCGAUUUAUUUUGAAAAGCUCAAUAUCUCGAAAACGUCGAAAAUGACUCUUAUUAAGUAAAGUGCGUUUUUAGAUGUAUAGAAUGUAUUCUCGUACCAAAAGCGUAGCAAAUAUGAAAGUAGACAAAAAAUCACGUCUAAUAACUGCGUUUCAGUGAAGUUUACAUCUAAGUAUCGUUAAAUAAGUAGUGUGACUUCAUAUAUGACGGUUUGUCAACUGCCUACAUUCUGGGCGUAGAUUCCAAAACAAUUUUCCAGUGUGUCAUAAGUUCAUUAACGAUUUGGGAUUAAAUAAGACGGAUUUCAACAAGAGAAGCUAGAUUUUGCUUAAUUUUGCCGAUGGGGACCUGGUAGGAUCAAAAGCUUUCACAAGGUCACAUACCAUGAGGCCGGUCGGUGCCUAAUAAAUUUAAACAGAACUGGCAAGUGUGAUCGUAAACAUACCAUUUAGUGUUUCUAGGGAAUAACUUUCUCCGGUUUAAUUAAUUUAUACUUUUCUUUCGUUUUGGAUUACUCAGAGUUUCAGAUUGGCCUCUAAAUAUUGCUGAAUACUUCAUGAUUUUCAGUGUUUUCAGCCGAUCGCCCAUAAAGACAGAUUCGGAAUUACCUGUUUGUUGAGGACUUUAAAAUAAGAUUGUUCUUGAAGGCAUUUACCGAAUUAGAUAGUGUUCAGGCGCUUCUUUUCACGAAGAUGGUCGUUUGGGUCAAAGUUGAAGACUCACUCAAACAUCAAACUUCAUUUUCGAGAAAAAUUACUGUCGACAACGAAAGUCAGCAACGAAUAUGCCUUUGGAUCAAUAAGGAAACAUUCCUUUAUAAGUCACCUCUUUAGGAAGGGCUUUAUUACUGCACUCCGUCGACGGAUCUCUGUGUACUUUGCAUUUUUGCACGGCGAGGCCAAGUAAAAAUUUGAAACUUCUGACCGUUUCUUUCAUGUUCCUAAGAAGUAGUAAUAUUUUUCUACAGUGAACGUAAAAGCGUGCCUUUCUCUAUAUACCGAGGGCAUUUCCACUGUUUUUGCUCGCUUUUAGACUCCGUUCUUCGAUUAUGAAUGCACGCCAGAGCCUUCAUAUAAAUACUGAUAUUUUGCUGAAAGUAAUUAUGUUUUGCUCGUUCUAUAUCUCAAUGAGAUAUGCACGGGAGCUAAAUAACACGACAAGUAAUGCUUCAUAUGUUUAAGGCUGGAAUUGACCAUUCCGUUGUGGUCAUCUAUGUGACAUCAGGCAGAAUUUUCCAAACGGCAAAAACAUUUCAGUCCACUUAAACGAGGGAAUCUCUAUCUGCGUUAUUUUUGCACUUUAGGGCACCAAUUCGCACAGAUCUGCUAAUUUCACAUUUAGAAAUUGAUAAAAUUUGUUGUUUUCUUAAAAUAAUCUUUUCGUUAGGAGAUUGAUAACCAUGGCCAACAUCGGACAUGAAAUAAAAUUCCUAGUCCGGCUAAAUCUGUUUAUUAAAACUCUCGCGGGUAAAUUGCUAUCCUUGGGAUGAAAAAGUCUGUUAGCUGCGUAACCGGAGUCUACGACGUGUGUUAGCAUACGCAAAUGCACGAAUAUAUUCCAUAGUCCAUUUUCGCUAAAAAUUUACUGACAUUUUUCUUGAUAUGAUUACGUAAACACAAUUUCUGAACAGGAAAAGGACAUUACAUUGAAGGACGUGAGUGAGCGAACAAAUAGGCCACGUUAAAGGCGUCUAAAGAUUCUCUGAUUAGUUUCCGUUUUCAGAUUUCAUGAGAUAGGUCACGUACUGUAAUAUCCAGGAAUAGAUUUCCAGCAUCAACAAAAAAUGGCCGCUUCUGGUUUAUUGGCUGCCAUUAGCCAUCCACACCCACCCCUUUCUUUGCUACCCCCGAAACUUAAAACGGCAACCUUUUGGUUAGAACUGCAACGCCCGGACUCGUUUUUUUUGCUGGCGUCAAUCAGUAUUAUUAAAAUUGGGAUGUGGAGGUCCUGCAAUCAGUUACAUAACUCACUCGUCCCGUUGUGCUUUCGAUGCUGUCAAUGGGACUGCUUGCAGGGCUCCAUGUCAGGUCGCGGAAGCACAACGGGGCGUGUGAAUCCCCUAAAUGAUCGGUGAACCUCUAUCUGCCAAUAUUUGUAUUCCGGAUUGAGGCCGACAACACUGUGGUUUGUGUUAACAUUGACCAGAAAAGCAAAGUACCGUCUAACUAUAAAAUUCCCUUAGAUAUACCCUGCUUCUUUAAGGAAUAUCAACCGGAACGACAACCGUAACAUCUACGCCCUCAACAACGCCGUCAGGCGGUAAGUUGACAUUUUCAGAACUUUUUUUGGGCAGUUGGACUCUCACCGAUUAGUUAGGGCAUCAUUCGCCUCGUUUUGAUUUCGGGCUAAUCCGAGAUCACCUUCGGUCCUCGCCUAGCGACUUGCCUUACAUCCAGUAAUAGAUUUCCGACAUCGACAUGGUAGACUGGAAUAGGCAUUCCUGGCUCACUAGCUGUCGUUUACCAGCUACAUCUACGACUGAGGUUUGCAACCCCUCAAGCAUGGACUGGCGGAAAUUCCAACGUGCUGAUUUGUUGUUCUACUGGUUUAAAUCAGAGAACUUACAUUUGAUAGAUGGGCGCUGGCGGAUGGGUAACGGAACUCAUCCACCCGUUGUGUUUUUAACGUUCGCUAGCGAAUAGCCGGCGGAGCUCUAGAUUAAUUCUCAAAAACACAACAGGGCGAGUGAAUUUCGAAGACAACCAGCGAGCCUCUAGCUACCAGUAUUAAAAUUCCUCAUCGAAACUGAUAGGAAAAUGAGUCCGCGGCUCAGUGGUUAGAGACCAUGGACUUUAACCAACAGAUCAGGGGUCCUAAUUGAGGAGGUUGCACGCACUGGGUUUGGGUAUGGCCGGCCGAAGACGAUUAGUAAUGUAUAAAUGACCAUUCAGAUUACCACUGGCCUUUUUGUAAAUCUCCCUUUGAGUUUUAUAAGUGUACAUUUAUGGAAGCGAGGGUAUGCACAUCGGGUGUAUCCCUGGACAAUUUUAUUACUUUUAAUCAAAAAUAGAGAUUGUGUGCAUUUUAAAUGCCCAGCUACCCUCGCUGUGCAUCUUAUAUGUUUACAGUUUUGCGGAUGCAAACAAUUAAACUUUUGCACUUAUUCUUAGUCUUUUUACACUGUCUGCACGUUAAAUUUUUUACUUUUUACAUUAGAAAGGUCUUUAGCUUCACAUGACUAUUCUUUAAUGCAUGCGUUAUUUUCUGAAUUCUGUUUGACUUCCGAGCAAGCACAAGACGUGUCCUCAAUAUUUAAUUAUUGAUCAUUCUCAGCGGUUGUUUCCAGGCACCUGUAUAUUAUUGCUACAGACACUAACUUUACGUUGGUCUUCAAGCUGUCGAUAAAGCACCCUUAUCUUCUUCCUUGUCUUCUAGAGAUUCGAAGCAAGCAAUGCCAAUUAUGUCACUUUCAUGCAUGAAAAAUUGUUCAAUAAAAGUCAACGAAUUCACUGCAUCUUACACGUUUGUUUGCAAUUGCAUUGUAGACUCAAAUACGCUUAG